AUGCCACCUUCAUCACGCACUACCCUAGACGACAUCCUAUCAAAGACCCUCAAUUUUAUUGCCGAUGCCAAAUCGUAUCGCAAUACAUAUGGUCUCUACUCUAUAUCCGUCGACAGUUGCAAUUUGAUUCGAGAUACUACGCUGGUAGCGCAACAGUGGAAACGUUUGAUAUCUACAUACGUGUUUCCUGAAUCUCCCUGUCAAAUCAACCUCCCAGACCAUAUUCGCGAACAGCUACUUGAGCCCGUCGAUGCGAUACUCUCGCCCCCAGAUCCGGAACGAUUAGAUCUAGCUAUCGACUAUGCGUACGAUGUCAUUACGGAAGAUGCUUUGGAUAUCUACCAGCGCCGAACUCAAAUCGUCUAUGCAGCAGUCACUGUCUUUCCCAAGACCUAA